AUGGCAGGCUCUUCAGCCCGCGUUAUUCUCAGGCUUAUCGUCCGAUCCCACGAAACAACUUCUGGGUCUUCCGGCGGAACUUCGACUGGGGAUUAUCGGGCUUUUCUGGUCAAGCACAGCAAUGUCGAAUUGAAAUGCUACUACCAACCAGAUGAAAUGCUUGGGACGGACUCCCUUGCUGUCUACCAAGGCGUCCCUGCCUUGUUCCGAAGGUGCAAGAGGGUCGAGGACGAGGGCACAGAUGUGCUAUAUGGCGACAACACUUUCGAGUGUUAUCACGUUCGCGUUUUCCAGAACCACUUCAUCCACGGCAGAUGUUGCGAGUCUGACAACAGAUUCCGGGGGAUCGGAAGGAAGAACGCGGCCAAGAUCAAGAAGGCCUGUUUCGGACUGCCCCUGGUCAUUACCCGAUAUCUGCAGGAUUCGUUUGCUGGAAAUGCGUUCCUCGACUUGAUCUGCGCCGACUUGAUGGUCCGCAUUCGUGCACUCCUCACCACCGUCUCAAGAAUCGGGAAGUAUCACCCUACCCUACGGAAAGCGAUCUGGCGCCGCUGGAGUGGAAGUCGGUCUCAGGCUCUCGUUAUAGCUGGCGAUACCUAUGUCGAUCUCGUCGCCCUCGGGUUCGAAGCCAGAUUUGAAGGGAGUGUUAUCAGGAAGAAUGCGUGGGGUGAGGACGUUGAGUCGUUUGACUUACUGCUAAGAACAUCAAUGAUCCGUUCAACCUCUUGGCUCGACAACUCUGUCUGGAAUGAUGUUCAUAACUUUGAGAUCGACAAGAGUCUAAUCACCGCAAAAGUCGAUGAGUCAGAGAUGAGUCAUUGGCCUGGUGCCGUCGAGUACGAGCCGCUUCUGGAAUUGAGCCCUUCAGACCAAGCCGCCAUGGUGGGCAUCAUCCAUGGCAGAAUCAUUCAUUGCCUAUUCAUCAGGGGAGGAUUUAUCGACGGGAAAUUCGUUAAAGGAUAUUGGUUUGGCCAACCUCCAGCUUCAUCGAGGUUCUUCCAGGGGAAUUUCAUCCCUACACGCAUGGUCGAUGGCGCGCUAUGUGAGUCUCAAUUCGUGGAAGGCCAAUGGGUAAACGACGAGGAGUUCGUUGAAGGCAAGUGGCUGGACGGGAGGCUCAUCAAGGGUGUCUGGGUUACAUGGCAUGCCGAGGGCGACGGAAAGUUCUUCGAAGGUAAAUGGCGAGAUGGCCUCUUUACCAAAGGAAGGUGGGUUGGAGAGGGCUUUAUCGAGGGCAUGUGGGCUGGCUCGGUCUUCUAUGAAGGAAAGUGGACGUCGCAAGGGGCGUUUCUGCGUGGUAGCUGGGUGAAAAAGCCAGAUAUCCCUGGUUUGGUUGGAGCCGGACUGUAG